AGUACUUGAGCAAAUGUCAGAAAGUGUUGUUUUCUCUUCCGCAGUGCAUUUUCUCCAAGCGUGAAGCCGCUUAUUUUUGUGUGUUUUCCGCAGUUUUUUCCGUGAUUUUCGUUCAAUUUCCACUGUAAACGUGGUACCGGAGCUGCAGGAAGACAAAUCAGAAUGGAAACGAUCUUUGAAAUACAGCGCCGUUUGCAUGAAGAGUGCGACCGCUUGGUGAUGGCAAUGUCGGAGGAGUUGAUGAUUCCAAAAAAGACGACGAAGGAGAAAGUGCUGGCAGACCAUAGGAUAAAAAUCUAUCUGGAGCGGUACCAAACAUGCUCGAAAUCACUGCUCGAGCUCUACCAGGACAAGGAUGGCGAGCGGAAGCAGGAAAUCACAAACAUGAGCGUAAACGAGUUUAAAGAGUUUUACAGCCAAUUUAACGGGCUGAUUGAGUUCCACUCCAACCACGGCAAUAAUGUGGCGGUCCCGGCAUCAAUCGAGUUCGACAAGCUGAAGGAGCAGCUGAACGACCCGGCGUACCUUGCCGAGGUGGUGAAAUUCAGCGACGUCGAAAACUACGGCCAGUAUCUGGAUCUGCACGAGUGUUACGAUAACUUCGUGAAUCUGAAGGGCAUAGACAAGAUCGAUUACAUUACGUAUCUGUCCGAGUUCAACAAGUUUGCCGACAUUCCACGCAAACAGAAGAACCUGAAGUACAAAGGCUAUCUGCAGCUGCUCCACGAUUAUCUGUUCUCGUUCAUCACCCGGAGCAGGCCGCUGUUCUUCGAGCUGGAGCAUACGGUGAAGCGCAACGAGCUUCAGUUUGAAGAUAUGUGGAAGAAUGGUAUCGUUCCGGGGUGGGAGAAGGUGCGCGAUGUGGAUGACGAUGCGCUGAUCAACUUGAACGAGUUUGGCAAGUGGGAGGAUCUAACGUACCUUGGGCUGGAUCGACUGAAGGCCGCCCUGCAGGCACUCGGUAUGAAGUGUGGCGGUACGCUGGAGGAACGAGCGCAGCGCUUAUUCGCCUCGAAGGACGACAAAAAUCAGGAAAACGAACGCAAGCGGAUGAUGAACCUUAACAAGGAGAAGGACAUUGCGCUGCUGGAGUACAAGAUUGCGAAGCUGGCGGAGCUGGUCGACGAUCAGAUUUACGAGACGAAAAUUAACCUGCAGCGCAAGCAGGCCCGCUACACGCUGGACGAAAGCGACGAGGACAGCAUGGACGAGGUGGAGUCGGACGACGACGAUGGCAUUCCGUACAAUCCAAAGAAUCUGCCGCUCGGGUACGACGGCAAACCGAUCCCGUACUGGCUGUACAAGCUGCACCAGCUGCACUUUACGUACGAGUGUGAAAUCUGUGGCAACUACAAGUACAACGGUCCGAAAGCGUUCCAGAACCACUUCUCCGAGUGGCGGCACGCGCACGGUAUGCGCUGCCUGGGCAUCCCGAACACGGCGCACUUUGCCAACAUUACGAAGAUCGAGGAUGCGCUGGUACUGUGGGACAAGGUGAAGGAACAAACCUUUUCCAAGAUGUGGGUACCGGCGAACGAGGAAGAGUUUGAAGAUUCGCGCGGCAACAUUCUCAGCAAGAAGGUGUAUCUUGAUCUGCAAAAGCAGGGAUUGCUGUAAAGCGGGGGCACGCCAUCCGGUGCGAAGAAAGGCGGUGGAAGGUGUUUUUGAAAAAAAGACUUAAAAAGAAACACUUAUCUCUCCGCCUCAGUUGGCGCCAGCGAAACGAUCCCAAUCGUGUAAUCCAAGCACGGUGUUUACGUUUUCGAGUGCCCGUUUCGUAAUUUGCAUCCAAAGGUGGUCUGCUGUUUGGCUACCGUAUGAAAGCGCGGCAUUUGCAUACUGCCACUCACGAAACUGUUCUAAUUUUAACCGUACACGAGGAAGGAAGGACACCUCUGCAGUAUGUACCGCGAUCAUCAUGCGCCGGUAUUAUGACGAUUUGUCGCCUUCUUCUUUGCUUAAGAUAGAAUAAAUUAUGAUCUGGCAAAUAAACUGUGUAAAUUUGUGACUCAAAUUUUAAACUA